AUGUCUGGAGACAGUCACAGUCGUGGUCAGAAGCGCAAGCUUGACCAGCAAGAAGGCAGAGAAUUGCUCAGCACAGGCGCCACCCUCGCCCGACUCAAUGGCGACAGCGACCCCGACUCGAUCAAGAAUGCCGCCGACUCUCCUGCUGCCACGACACAAGGUGCUAGCGACGACGGUGGAGAGUGGACUACAGUCGACCGUAGCUCAAAGCGCCAAAAGAAGGCCAACCAGAACUAUCCCCAAAUUAUUCAUGCCCCAACCGCUCGCCUUCAAUCUUUCGUCAAAAUCUCCGAUCUGCAAAAUCUCGUCCUCUAUCUAUUAGCCGAUGGCAGUGGCCCUCAAUGGAUUAGUGUGCGCCAUAAAAAAGACAUUGAGCGUGUCGUCUGCCUCAUGGUACCUGGCCUUGAAGCCGACAUGUUCAACGCCAACAUUAGUCUGGACCCAAGUCAAGACACUGUUGCCAAAGGCCCGUUUCAACAGGCGAACGCUGGCGCAGAAGCCACGCCUCCUUCGAAAAAGUUGAAAAUCACACCCGACGACUACUAUCCUGUCAAGCUCGUCGCUCCAAAACUGCCUGCCCCGUUACAGCCUUUCGCCGAAAUGUUCCCUCACAUCUGGCCGGUGAAGACUCCUGGAGAAUUCAACCGCAUGCACUCGCCGCUACAAGCUUUAUUGACAUCACCUCUGCCCAAAGCAAAAGACGAAAAGAAGAUAAAGGGCCCUAAGCCGCCAAGAGAAGGUGCAAGAUGGCAGAACCAGAGAACUCCCAUAACUGAGUUCUUAGCGACCAGAGAAGAGCUGAUGGACAAUGGAUAUGCUAUACACCCUGCCUACCUACGGACAGAUGCCGAGCGUGCGGCCGAGAAGGCAAGACGUCACAAGUUCUGUCAAUCAGAAGAGGACGGCUGGAUAAACCUGCCCGAAAUCUCGUCUCUUGAUGAAGGUAUUGUGCCAUCAGAGGAGAUUGAACAGGGCAGCAUUCUACAGGGUCGUAAUGUCUUGACAGUCGACUGUGAAAUGAUCUCCACAACAGAAGAGAAGUUCGCUCUUGCUCGUGUAUCCUUCAUAGACUGGGACGGCAACAUUGUGCUUGAUGAGCUUGUCAAGCCUCCUGGCACAGUGAAAGAUUAUCUGACACAGUACUCGGGCAUCACCAAGGAAAUGAUGGAGCCGGUCACACAAACCCUCGCCGAACUACAGGCAAAGCUCAAAGACGUACUCACCCCUCGCACAAUUUUGCUGGGCCACUCUCUCGACUCCGAUCUUCGCGCUCUUCGCAUUUCUUUUCCCUUCAUUGUCGACACUACCCUUAUCUAUCCUCACCCCAAAGGUCCUCCGCAAAAGUCAUCUCUCAAAUGGCUCUCCCAGAAAUACCUCUCCCGCGAGAUUCAAAAUCGUGGUCCACAAGGUCACGACAGUGUCGAGGACGCAAAAGCAUGUCUUGACCUUGUCAAACAAAAGUGUGAGAAGGGAAAGACAUGGGGUACUUCUGAAGCAACGAGCGAAAGUAUCUUCAAGCGUCUCAGUCGCGUUGGCGUAGAAGAUGAGAAAGACGAAGGUGGCAUGUUGUCUGAAGAGAAAGAGGUACAGGCAAAGACUGGCCGUACAGGCGCUGUCGUAGACUGGGGUGACCCGAAGCGCGGAUUUGGUGCUGCUGCCACUUGCACUGUCGCCUGCGAGAGUGACGCAGAUGUAGUCGCCGGUGUUCAACACGUCCUCGCUGGCCCUCAGACAACCGAAGAGGCCGAUGCCCCUGGCCAACACAUCCCCGUCGGCGGCUGCGAUUUCGUUUGGGCACGUUUUCGCGAACUCGAAGCCCUUCGUGGCUGGUGGACCCGCACAACCUCUGCGGAUGCAGCUGCUCGUCUCGCCAACACUCUUGCCGACAACAACGCCUCCGAAGGUCAAGAGAUCAGCACUUCGGCCCUUGCAGACGCUGUAACACGUACCACUGUAUCCGUCAAAGCCAUCUAUGAUUCUCUACCGCCAAAGACUGCCUUUAUCGUCUACUCGGGCGGUGGCGAUCCAACUGAGAUGCGCCGUCUUCAAUCCAUGCAACAACAAUACAAACGCGAUUUCCAGACCAUGAAGUGGGAUGAGUUGCCCAUCAAGUGGACGGAUGUUGAAGAGCAAGAGCUCAAGAAGGCUGCUAUGAAGGCUAGAUCUGGUGUUGGUUUUGUUGUGUGUAAAUAG